UGUGCAGCUAGCGUGCUAGCAGUGCGGAGAUAACUUAUCUCACGUUACAACUCUUCACUCAACAAAUCACUUCCUCGGACACCAGUGGCCCCAAAACAAAAUGGAUUUAGAAGACGACACCACUGUGCUCACAACCUUGAAGUCCUUCAAUUCCUUCAUCAGCCGCAAUGAGCCUCCGCAACUGCUGUCGGAGCACUCUGUGGGGAAAACACAUCUGCAGAGUCGGUACAAACGCAGCAUGGAGUUGUCGGAGGCAGCAGAGAAGGUUCAAUCCAAGAACCGCUACCUUCAGUUGGACCAGGAGAAGAAGCAGAUGGAGCUGAGUCACAAGCGAGCGCGAUAUGAACUCGAGAGGGCUGCGUCUGACAGCGCGCGAGACUUGGAGCAUGAGGUUGACCGGAGGCAGGAUCUCCUGGGACGAAUUAAAAAGUUGGAGGAGAGGGAGACUGAGGAAGCUAAGAAACUAUCGGAGCAGGUGGAGGGAAAUCGUUCUCUACGCAAGAACCUGGACGGCCUGAACAAGAACCUGGAGGAGAGAGAUGCUAAACUGAACACCGCUAACCAGACCAUCAGUGCUUUGAAGGAUGAGAUCAGAGAGCAGAAGCAGAAGAUUCAAAACCAAGACUCAACAUUUUCUCUUCAAACCCUUGAGAACCAGGAGCUGCAGGAACAGUUGGAUUUACAACGCAGGAAGUAUCAGGAAGUCUCUCUGCUCUGCCAAAGUCUCCAAGCUGCCCAGUCCACCUGCUCAGAGCACAUCCUCAAGAUUAAGGAGUUGGAGAGGCGUCUCGCCCUCCAGGAGCAAGACUUCGCCAUCGUGAAGAAUAUAAAGUCAGAGGUGGCCAAGGUCCCAGACCUGGAAAAGGAUGUGAAGCGCCUCAGAGAAGAUAAUGCCUUUCUCAGGGAGAGCAGGGAGAACUGCAGCCUGUUGAAAGAGGAGGUGGAGGGGCUGAGGAGGAAGCUGGAGAGGAUGGAGAAAACGAAGGAAGAGCUGGUGAAUAUGGAACUGGAGAAGGAGAGACUGGUGGACAAGCUCAAAGCCUGGGAAAACAUUGGGCAGUCUUCUGGCCUCAACAUCAGGAAACCAGAGGAUCUGUCCAGGGAGGUGAUUCAGAUCCAGCAGAUCGAAAUUUCCCUCAAGGAGCAGAACUACACACUCAAUAGCCGCUUGAGGAGCGCCGAGCGGGCGCAGACCGAGCUCCGCGCCGAGCUGACCCAGCAGCGCGGCAAGGCGCUGGAGGAGCAGAAGAGGAGGGAGGCGCAGGACUCCCUCGUCCGCCGGCUGCAGAAGAGGGUGCUGCUGUUGACCAAGGAGCGUGAUGGUAUGCGUGCCAUACUGGAGUCCUAUGACAGCGAGCUGGCGCCCACCGAGUAUUCUCCUCAACUCAGCAAGCGGCUCAGAGAGGCAGAGGACGUGCUGCAGAGGACCCAGAACCACAAUACAGAGAUGGAGGCCCACCUGACCAAAGCGCAGGAGGAGACGGGGACUUUAAAAAUUCAACUGCAAACGGUGGAGCUCGAGCUGGAGUCUCUCAAGAAGCAGCAGGCCUCUGCUUCUGAUGGCAACACUUUAGCGACCACAGAAGAGGUCAAUUUCCUCAGACAGAAAAUUGAAGAUUUGGAGGCAGAGCGCCAGCAUUUGGAGCAGCAGAACAACAUUCUGGAGAUGAGACUGGAGAGACACAACCUACAGGGAGACUACGACCCCGUCACCACCCGAGUCCUCCACUUCAAAAUGAACCCCACCGCGGUCGCCAAGCAACAGCGGCAGCAGGACGUCGACGCUCUCCGGGAGGAGGUGGCGCUUCUCCGGGAGCUGGUGCGCUCGCUGCAGGGCGGAGGCGCCGCGGCCCACACGCAGGACGCCGCCGCCGCCGGCCUCGUCCUGCCGCCGUCCAAGGAGGUUCUGGAUUUGCGUAAGCAGAUGGGGAGCUCCGAGCUCAGGAACCAGCGGCUGAAGGAGGUGUUUCAGAGGAAAAUCCAGGAGUUCCGCACCGUGUGCUACGUCCUGACCGGCUACCAGAUCGACAUCACCACCGAGAACCAGUACCGGCUCAACUCGGUCUACAGCGAGCACAUGGAAGACUCCUUGCUCUUCAAAAAGGGCUCCAAUGGAAGCAUGCAGCUGAUGGAGACCGAGUUCUCCAAAACCCUGGGCGAGAUGGUGGCCCUCCACCUGCACCACCAGAAGAGCAUGCCGGCGUUCCUCUCCGCCGUGACCCUCGACCUCUUCAGCCGACAGACGAUCAUCUGAAGUCACUCGACCCGGAGAUUCAAGGACGGGAUGAGUUUUGUCACUUCCUGUUUUCCCUGCUCUUUUUUUCUUGCUUUUUCUCUUCAUAUUUUUCCCUCGGCGUCGCGUCAGACAUUCAGAGCGUUUCAUAUUCAGAGUGCCGUCGCUGCCGUGUGUCGUGGAGGAUGAGCACCUUCUCCGACGGCCUUUAGAAAGCAGCUCCCCGAUUUGUCCGCUGAAUAAUUCAUCAAUGAAACAUCGAGACAUCUUUUUAUUUUAUUUGUUGUUAUCUUAACAUGACAGAAGUGUCACUAACAUGACUCUGAUAUGUUCACAGUGGGACAGUUUGAAGUCCGCUCCCCACCCAGUGAAACGCAGUGUGCAGAAGCGUUCAUGUGGUCCUCUGGAUCGGCACCAGGUGCAUUGUGGGUAGUCUUUGACUCUUUUUAUACUCUCACUUGAGACCUCAUUUAACCGGUUGUUCCCGGUCCAAUCCGGUGUGAAUACAACAUCUGUGGAUUAUGUUGUCUCCUUCUUCUUUCCCUUCUCUCUUUGGGAUAUAUAAACAUUUGAAUUUAGUUUU